UCGAGGAAAGUAUGGAGUGCCGAACAACUUAAUGGAUUUUUGAAAGAGAUAAUAAACAACAUUGAUAAGCACAUAGAUACUAACACUGGGAGUCAAGAAAUGGGAAAUACCAGGUGGACCAUCCAAAAGAAUCGGAAAGCUGAGUCAAAUUCAAGGAGCUUCCAUAGAGAAUCUCGCAGACCUCUUUGGCCAAAUGGUAGCUCUGCCAGUGAGAGUGCAUCAGCACGUUCUUUACGGAAAGAUGGGAGAGAAGACUCAAAAGAAACCCAGAAUGAGCAUCAGAUUUUACACAGCUCUGGACAAUACACAAAUAUACAUCUGAGGGAAUUUUUAGGUUUGGGUUCAUCUUCAACAGUAUAUAAGGUUAAAUAUAAUGAUACUCAAGCUGAUUUAAAGUAUUAUCAAGAUAUUAACCUUAUCACAAGGCACAAAUUCUACAAUUCAGUAACGUUUAAAAGUGAAUUGGAAAGUUUUGAGGCGAAAGUAUUUCACCAAGACGAAAACACCUUAUUUGAAUAUUCACUUAUUCUUGCUGACUGGGGAACAGCAAUCCGUGAUCCUUUUAAUGAGCAGAUGCUCUAUGAAAGAACAAAUCUUGUUUGCCUCGCCUGGUAUUUUGAAUAA